CCGGUAUCUAGUGUCUGUAUUUUCAGGUUCCAUAGUGUGGGUUCGGUGUGUGUGAUGCAUGUGUGUGUUGGGCGUGUGUGAAAGAGUUUGUAGUGUGGUUGUAAACGUUCCCAGCUCGGAUACUGUCACCGCCUUGCACCGCAGGCAGGCGCAGUGUUCCUACAUGCAAGUUACCUUAGCGGCUCCACAAUCGUUGGCCAGCAAUGACCGAAAGCCCCAGCACCAAGCCAGCGAACGGGGACGUGUGUCAGCGUGUGAAGAACGGACUGAAGCCGGAGAGAAACGGCUUGGCGAAGAGCCUCUACCGCUGCCAUGAGAAGAAGUCCAAGCACCACGGCCAGCCCGAGGAGGAGGAGGAGGUCAAUGCAACAUCGCAUCAUGGCGUCCCGUACUGUCGGCCCUUCGUUGAGUCUUACGAGCAGACGCCCAUGCUGCCAGCCGUCUUCACCUACAUGAGCUACGGCAUUCUGACCAUCUUCGGCUACCUGCGAGACUUUCUCCGUUACUGGAAGAUCGAAAGAUGCAACAUCGCCGGGGAGAAGGAGGAACAGAGGGACUUUGUGCCCCUCUACCAGGAUUUCGAGAACUUUUACACCAGAAACAUCUACAUCCGUAUCAGAGACAACUGGAACCGGCCCCUAUGCGGCGUGCCAGGGGCCACAAUGGACUUGUUGGAGAGGACGUCCCCCGACUACAACUGGACUUUCGUUCAAUCAGGCCGGGUGUUGCAGGAUGUGAUUAACUUGGGCUCCUAUAAUUACCUGGGCUUCGCUGAGAACAAGGGUUUGUGUGCUGAUGCUGCAGCCGAGAUCACCAAGAAGUACGGCGUGGGAGUCGCGAGUACCAGACAAGAGCUUGGUAACCUGGACAGACACGAGGAGUUGGAGAAGCUGGUGGCCAGGUUCCUGGGCGUGGAGUCGGCCAUGUCUUUUGGGAUGGGGUUCGCAACCAACUCCAUGAACAUUCCAGCGCUGUCUGGCAAGGGCUGUCUGCUUCUGAGUGAUGAACUGAACCACGCCUCUCUGGUCCUGGGAGCCAGACUCUCCGGGUCCACCAUCAGAGUCUUCAAACACAACAAUAUGCAGAGCCUGGAGAAACUGCUGAGGGAGGCCAUAGUUCACGGGCAGCCCAGGACCCGAAGACCAUGGAAGAAGAUUCUCAUUGUUGUAGAGGGCAUUUACAGCAUGGAGGGCAGCAUAGUGCGCCUGCCAGAAAUGAUUGCUCUGAAGAAGCGCUACAAGGCCUACCUUUACCUAGACGAGGCCCACAGCAUCGGAGCCCUGGGGCCUAGAGGCAGAGGCGUGGUCGAUUACUUUGGCCUGGACCCCUGUGAUGUGGACGUCAUGAUGGGAACAUUCACCAAGAGCUUCGGUGCUGCAGGGGGAUACAUCGCGGGGAAAAGGGAGCUUAUUGAGUACCUGCGCUCCCAUUCCCACAGUGCGGUCUACGCAUCCUCCAUGUCUCCACCUGUGGUGGAGCAAAUCAUCACUUCUAUGAAGUGCAUUAUGGGAGAGGAUGGCACAACGAUAGGCUGUGACCGUGUGCAUCAGCUGGCAAAGAACGCAGUGUAUUUCCGCAGGAAGCUUCAGAAGAUGGGCUUCAUCAUCUACGGAAACGAGGACUCGCCUGUUGUACCCAUGAUGCUCUACAUGCCCGCCAAGAUAGCAGCGUUUAGCAGGGAGAUGUUGAAGAGGAACAUCGGGGUGGUGGGGGUGGGCUUCCCCGCUACGCCCAUCAUCGAGUCCCGGGCACGCUUCUGCAUCUCCGCCGCCCACACGAAGGACGUGCUCGACAGGGCGCUGAGUGUCAUCAGUGAGGUGGGAGACCUUGUUAAUCUCAAGUAUUCCCGGCAAAAGAUACAGCCGUCUGUGGCGCGGUUCUUCGACGAUAAUGUGUUCGAGGACAUUGACGACUGAUUCCUCUCCUGAAGCGGCGUGAACCUAACAAACCCGGAACACUCGGAACGGGUCGAGAUGGAUCACAAGUCUUCCACGAGGACCGAGGUGUGCACAGGUGCCCCUUGUCACUAGCUUGCCAUAACGUAAAUCAUCCGCAUCAAAUGGGACACUUAAAACUAUUUUUUUCCUGUGUAGUUUUUGUUAGUUAUUUUUUUUAUCAUUUUGUGUCCAAUAACAGGUAGUUAUAUGUCUGCUGUGCUUGUAACAUUGGUCAUGUUUAGGGUUAGGGUUAGCCAUAUGGUUGCGUAUGUGAUGUGGACAAAUGCCAAAUUUGAAAUGGAAAAUGUCAAGUUUCCAUACAAAUGUAUCCAUCUUUAACUUUUAUGGGUAAAAAAGGAUGACUUUUAAACAUCAAUAAUACACUUUCAUCGAGUAUUGUUCAGAUCAGUGGUUAUCAACAUUGGCUUGAAUCAGAACACCCACUGGUUGUUCGUACAGGAACAAGUUACUGAUCACAUUUCCUCUUUUUUAAUAAAAAAUAUCAUACAAGGUGGAUCCAUUUUUAGGAUAUAUUAACAUUAUACCCAACAUCCACCUGGCAUUAUUUUCAGACUUGUUAGUGUGGCAAUGCUCACUCUACCAGGAAGCUACUAGUUUUAUAAGUAAACACAGGUAGAACCUGUUCACAUUUUUAGGGGACUAGUCUAAGAAGCACUGCUAUUGAUACUUUUUUGCUCUUCAACCUGAUUAAGUACACAUUUUUAACCAAUGCGUUUGACAUUGGCUUGUUACUUAUCUUUCAUUCUAGAGUUGAAUUGCAAGAUCCAUACCACACUUUGGCAAUAUAAGGCGUUGCUAAUUGUAACCCCAAAAAGAAACAGUCUCUGCCUGUAACUCCUCAUGAUACCAUAUUCUGAUUCCGAUUCUUUAUAUAAUGGCAUCUCGUCGGAAUUUCAAACCAAGCAAGGCAUAUUCCCAAUAAAAGUUAGCAAUAUUCCCAAAAACACUUAGCAAUUAGCAUCCAUAAACUACUGCUUGACAACUUAAUUUAUCUCAGCUGAACCAAGUCUGUUUCAGUGCAACAAUGCCAAAAUGGAAAUGGAGCCAAGUAGUAGUGAGCCUGUAAUUAGCCAUAUUAGCUUAGUGUUGGAUAAUGAAAAGCCCUACGCUGCAUAACUCCAACAAUCUGGUACAGCUUCUUAAGUCCAAUCUACUUGGCAUUAACAAAAUCUGUAUUCAUUUCAAAUGCAAGAAGAAAACAACUUUUUUGUGGAGUGAAGCUCAGCUAAUCCAUCAGUCCCCUUAACAUUUCAUUGCAUCCUUUUUUUUGGUAUUUUAAUUAUCUAUUUCGAUUAUUUUGUUGAAUUUUUUUAAUUGGGAAUUCUUACUAAUGAUAGUAUUUUGCAAUUUUCAGUGACAACAUUUGAGUUGUAUUAAAAUAACUUAUAUCCUACUACUUCAAAAAUAGUGGAUAUAAUUUCAAAAGUGAUUGUAUCAGCUGUCACUGGUUGAACUAUAAAAGCUCUAUUUUAAUAAAAAUACCAGUUUUCGUAAACGCUAACUUUGUAAUCCAUAUUGAUUCUAAUAAGUCAUUUCUACAAAAAAUGAAAUGCGAACAAAUACCCAUUGAACAUUUAAAGACAAAUAAAACCAGAUUUGCCUGUUACACAUGGAUUUGGCCCUUUUUUUAAAAGACAGAUGUCCAAUAUAUAUAUAUAUAUAUAUAUAUAUAUAUACUGUAUAUAGUCCAGUUGGCUUUCAGAUUUGUAUUUUCUAUCUAGGUCGGUAUCAGGAUAUGGAAAAAUAUACCCCUAUUAUAAUAUUACUAUUUUUCAACAAUAUAUUAUAGGUGUCAGGUGUAAACAAAACAUGUCUGGAUUUGAGUUGUGUUUGAAUUAAAGAUAUUUUCAUUUCCAUCCUAUCACCUGGGUUCUUAUUAGUAUUAUCAUUGCUCUUUGUAUGAUAACAUUGUCUUAUGUAAGAGAGAAAGCUUUGUUUGUGCGGUGACACAGAUGUCAUUAACAUUUCCAAUAAGUGUUUAACUAAGGAUGUGUGUGAUUGCUUGCAUGGUUUCCCGGUAUUAACGCGCUGCACUUUUACCUUGAUUUCUUUUUUUUUACACCUGUCUUUUGAGCUCUGGGUUUAUCUUGGCAUUUUUGUGACCAAACUUGCAUGCAUACAUGCAUACAUUCAUACAUUCACACUUGCAUCCACGCAUACUAAUAAGCAUUGUGUAACCACUCGUUCCUCAUAAUUACACAUGUACUGUAAUAAUCAGUCAUGAAGCUGCUCUGCACCACAGCCCGUGCUCAACAAUAUACAGUACAGUAUUCUUAUGAAUGUUGACAUAAAAAUCUACUUAUUUCCAGAGAAAGUUAAUAUAUCUGUCUGGGUUUAAGGAAGGUUUUCUUUGCCUUCUUCCAUAUCAGUGUUUAUCUUAAUCCUUUUUUAUUUUCUUACUAGAAAAUACCUAAAUUACAAAUGAUUGUCCAUAAGCUAAAAGUUACACAUGUAUGUUGUUGCAGAUUAUCAUAUUUUGUUGAAUUGUUUUAUGUUUGCACACAGGAAAGCCAUGAAAUCAUACUAAAAGCAGGCAUUUAGACUAUAUUUUGAUAUGAAAGCAGAAUAAUGUAAAGACCCAAGACCUUAUGACCUGAUGUCUUAAUAAUGCUUUUCUUAAAGGGACAGUGCAGACCUUUUUGAAAUGGGGUUUGUAUGAGGAACUUACCUGAAGUAGGUUGCAGGUAGAUUUUUUUAAGAUGCUAAAAAAACGUUCUAUUCGGUGCCAAUCCACAGCCGCACAUUGCUCGCUUCUGUGCUAUUCUGUUUCUCCUGAGGCAUGUCAUCUGCUUAAGGUAUUAGAGUGGUACAGGAAUAAGUCUUCCUCUUACAUCGUCUCGAAGUCUACGUUUUUUUUUUUCUUGAUUUUGGUUAGAUGCCAGAAUUAAGGUCUGUGGUUAACUCAAGACUUUUAAGUUUUGUUUCGAGAACAUAAAAUACGUUAUCAUAUACCCAACUGGUGAAUGUCUGAAGCUUCUAACUCUUAAUAACGGCCGUUGCUAACAGUCGGCUAAAUGAGACUAUUAAACGCAUCACGUCGAACAUUAGCUGCCUUUAGCUUAGCGGUGGUGACACACAGUCAUGUGACCGUGAUGUGUAUAGCCUAACAUAAGCUUUUUACCUCUAGUGAUUGCAUUGAAACUUCAAAAAUCAUAAAAGUCUAGAUUAUUACAAAACGUGUAAAAUAAACUGUUAAUUUGCCUCAUCUUAUUUUCUGCAACAUUCAAAGGAGCCCUUUUGAUGAUAACUUCUAGGUUGGCCUACAAAAAUACAUCACUGCAUCAUUCUAUAGUACACUGAUUAUGGAUAAGUAGCGCACAACCCCAUUUCAAAACAUCCAAUGUAUCCUUUUAAUAAAAGUACCUUUUCAGAACAAUAGGUACUUCAUAAAAAAAAUCGUCUCAUGUAAAACAUUCUGUGCCCUUUCUGAAUAAUACAGUGUGAUCCUUCACUGAACCAUUUAACGGUUUUGGUCUUAAAAGUGAUGUACUUUAAAAGGAAAACUUUUCAGCUUUGAUGUAAAAUGGAGAUAAUCCCGGUAUUUUGUACAAAGUUUAUAUUGUUUCAUUGCAAAGGAGCUAAUCAGAAUACUUUGUUUACUAAAGAGAAACCUGGAAAAGAUGGUUAUCACUAUUACUGGCAGCUUGUGUUGAGUGUGCCAUUAAUAGAGGCGAGUUACCACACAUCAGAGAUCAUUAUUUUCUGAUAUAGUGCCUUUUGAAGCAUUUUCUAACAGUUUUGAUUAUAUUAAGUGUCAUAACGUUGAUUGCUCAUCUUUUACAGUCUUUGUUUUAUUUUUACUACUUUGUCUUCAACAGUAUUUAUAACUAGUGCUGGGUGUGUUUUCCGUCGACUUAUUGCAAUGCAUUUGAUUAUAGAAAAUGCACUAUUUGCCACAUUUUCAGCAAAUUAUUAACAUGUAAAGUGUCACCCAUGUUCAUGAUAUCAAUAGAUCAUUAAUAAACAAUAAAAAAAUGCUGUUUUGAAUUUC